UCCUCCUCCUUUCUCUGUAAAUAAAUUUUUGUUUCCUUUUUUGGUCCAAAAACCCCUUCACAUUUUCUCUAUAAAUACCCCACCAAAACUUUCUCUGUAAAUUUCUUGUUCUCCCCAUUUUUUCAUUUUUCAAUUCCUCUAUAUCUCCGAAUAUUGUUUCUAUUUGUAUCUCGUGCAAUAUAUCGCGUUUUAUUGAUGGAAUCAUCAUUACCGGUGGAGGAGUUAACCUCCGGCGCAAGUGGCCGGAUAAUUCCGUUAUUCAAAAAUCUCCGGCGGUCGGUUUUCUCAUACGAAACUUUGCGGCGAUUAACAAUCUUCUUACAGUCCAUUUUCCUCUGGGUAAUUCUGUUAUCUCGACGCCGGUUUUCCACGUCGCCGUCGUCUCCUCCGCCUUCGCCGUCUUCGGCGGCCACGUCAACGGCGUCAGGGAAGAGGAGGAAAUUUGCUCUGCGGAGAGAUGAAGAGGAUACGCAGAGAAGGAGGGCGCUUGCUGAGGCGUUAGAGAUGGUGGUUGAGAAUGAGACCGGCGAUGACGGUUGCCGGUGCCGGUGGAACACGUCUUUGUUCUUUAGCGUCCGUCGGAAUGCUUUGUUUUGCCGAUCGUGGUUUCCGGUUUCCGGUGAAUUGAAGGGCAUAAUUAUCGUCAUCCACGGACUGAAUGAGCACAGUGGACGAUAUGCUCAUUUUGCUAGACAACUGAACUCAUGCAACUUCGGGGUGUAUGCGAUGGACUGGAUAGGUCAUGGAGGGAGUGAUGGAUUACAUGGAUAUGUGCCAUCUUUGGACCAUGUUGUAGCAGACACAGGUGCUUUCUUGGAGAAGAUCAAGUUGGAGAAUCCUGGUGUACCGUGCUUCUUCUUUGGUCAUUCAACGGGAGGAGCGGUGGUAUUAAAGGCAGCUUCUUAUCCUCAUAUUGAAAACAUGCUGGAGGGCAUCAUAUUGACUUCACCAGCAUUGCGUGUGAAACCUGCAAAUCCUAUUGUUACUGCUGUGGCACCAAUUUUUUCAUUGGUUGCACCUAGGUACCAGUUCAAAGGUUCUCACAAAAGGGGGAUUCCUGUUUCAAGGGAUCCUGCAGCACUGGUGGCCAAGUAUUCUGAUCCUCUAGUGUAUACUGGACCCUUGAGGGUUAGGACAGGCCAUGAGAUUCUGCGCAUCUCGUCUUACUUGAUGCGGAAUUUCAAGUCUGUCACUGUCCCAUUCUUAGUCCUCCAUGGAACUGCUGAUAGAGUCACUGAUCCGUUGGCUUCUCAAGAUCUGUACAAUGAGGCCGCUUCUGAAUUCAAGCACAUUAAACUUUAUGAUGGGUUCUUGCAUGACCUUCUGUUUGAGCCCGAACGUGAAGAAAUUGCUCAGGAUAUCAUUGAUUGGAUGCACAAGAAGUUAGGUGCUGGCAAUCUUGCAAAUGUGUAUAGUCAAUGCUAGCUUUGCAAAUAGUUAAUGUUUUGAUUGAUCAGGGGUUUCAAGGGAUGCUAUUGUAUGAUUUAUUUGAUCAGAUAUUCAGUUUAUUAGCAGCUUCUCCAAAAGGAAUCACAAAGAUGAUUCCAAUUAUCCAAAGCUUGUAUAAUAUCUAGUAGUAAAAUUUUGGAACUCCCAAUGUUCUUUUGUUUUUUGUUUUCUAUAGUAAUGGUGGCUUAGCGAUA